GGGUGGUAACAUACCCCAGAGCACGGAGCGGAGGGGGGGGGUUAAAAGGGAGGGGGGAGGUUAUGAGAACCCGACAGCGGGAGAAAAUAAUCAAUAAACUUGUGCUCACCAGAACUGGCGGGAGUAGAACGGGCAGGCAGACGAUGCCAGGACGCUGCAAGCCAAAACGCUGGGGGUCCGUGUGUGGGGGACACACGAGCUACAGCGACGGUCCUGGGGGUUCCUUCCAACAAGCCGUCUCCGUGUGUGUGUAUGUGUGUGUGACGACAAGUCUUGUUGCUGGUGUCAAGAAAGUUCCCGAUGUGAAAUGUUUUUUCCCCCCGUGUUGACAACAAUCGCCUCGACAAAUUUAGUCAAUGGCAUAGCCAUCCGGGGAAAACCGUCACCACGAUGAAAUAGACUCUCACCACGAUAAAAUAGACUCUCACCACAUCUGUGAAACUGAAAAACGCAAUAACGAUCACUGGAGCUUUGGAAAAGAGGAAGUUCAAUUCAAACGUUUUGUAAAAGAGACACCAUUGUGACAUUUCCACGACGGCAUACCACUCUCAGGACUGAAACGGUGACAACGUUACUGAGAGCUGUGUUCGAGUGUAUUCUUGGUCGUGACAGCGGCGGUGCGCGGUGUCAGCAGCGGCGCUAGUAGCUGGUUUAUCAAGUGGUGCUAUAAAGAGCGACUUGUGUAAUUUUUACAAACAAACAAAAUCGAUAUCUACAAAAGACAGAAUAUGGUGCUGGUGUAUUUCUGAUGAUUUCAAUCUGUGAGAAUUGACAAGUGAUUUUAAGUCUCAUUGCAUGAUCGUGAAUAAAUUAAAAGUUAUUUGGUCUGUAUCAUUCAAUGAAAGCAGUUACUAGUCCAUUUGGUUUGUACCAUUCAAUGAAAGAAGUUACAAGACGUACGUUUGUGACCUGAUGGGAUAUGUGUACCACUCACUAAAUUUAAGACGUUUUAGCACUUGACAAUAUAACUCUCGAAGAGGAAAGAUUCCUUCAAAGAGUGACGCCGAAACUAAGCUGACCACCAAUCUAAGGCUGACCUCAUUUACGCUGACCACCAACAUUAACAUGGCGGAGGCCAGCGUAGUCGUGAAGAAAGAGUCCCCAAAGAAAAAGAAGAAGUCCAGCCACUCGACUUCUUCAGAUACCCAAGGUCCGGCCACGGACGCUGGGAUGACCAUGGCGUCCUCCAGGCUGGACAACGAAGGGGAGGAGGCGGCAGACUAUCAGAUCGUGGCCGCCAUCGACUUUGGGACAACCUUCAGUGGAUACGCCUACAGCUUUGCUUCUAACAAACAGGCCAUCCACGUCAACAAGAACUGGGGUCAAACGCAGGGUGAGUAAAUGGGGUCAAACACGAGGUGAGUAAAUGGGGUCAAACGCAGGGUGAGUAAAUGGGGUCAAACACGAGGUGAGUAAAUGGGGUCAAACGCAGGGUGAGUAAAUGGGGUCAAAUGCAAGGUGAGUAAAUGGGGUCAAAUGCAGGGUGAGUAAAUGGGGUCAAACACGAGGUGAGUAAAUGGGGUCAAACGCAGGGAGAGUAAAUGGGGUCAAACACGCGGUGAGUAAAUGGGGUCAAACGCAGGGUGAGUAAAUGGGGUCAAACACGAGGUGAGUAAAUGGGGUCAAACGCAGGGUGAGUAAAUGGGGUCAAAUGCAGGGUGAGUAAAUGGGGUCAAAUGCAGGGUGAGUAAAUGGGGUCAAACACGAGGUGAGUAAAUGGGGUCAAACGCAAGGUGAGUAAAUGGGGUCAAACGCAGGGUGAGUAAAUGGGGACAAAAGCAGGGUGAGUAAAUGGGGUCAAACGCAAGGUGAGUAAAUGCGGGCAAAUAGGUGAGUAAAUGGGGUCAAACGCAGGGUGAGUAAAUGGGGUCAAACGCAGGGUGAGUAAAUGGGGUCAAAUGCAGGGUGAGUAAAUGGGGUCAAACACAAGGUGAGUAAAUGGGGUCAAACACGAGGUGAGUAAAUGGGGUCAAAUGCAGGGUGAGUAAAUGGGGUCAAACGCAAGGUGAGUAAAUGGGGUCAAACGCAAGGUGAGUAAAUGGGGUCAAACGCAAGGUGAGUAAAUGGAGUCAAACGCAGGGUGAAUAAAUUGGGGUCAAACGCAGGGUGAGAAUUCAAGGUAAAAUCAUCACGAAAAUAACAUUGUUAAAUUCAUGGGCAGCAAAUCAUACGGCAAACCUUACUUUGAAUCAUCCCUUCAGGUUUCCUGCUUCACAAGACUCCAACAUGUCUGCUGCUCAAGUCUGAUGGACAGUUUGAAGCCUUUGGGUUUGAGGCUGUGUCCAAAUACAAUGAGCUGUCUGAAGAUGAGGCUUGCUCCUAUUAUUACUUUGACAGGUUUAAAAUGAAACUGUACAACAACAAGGUAAGUGGUACCAGCGUGGGACUAUAGUGUUCCCGGUAACUAGAUGAUACUAUCAUGGGACUAUAGUGUUCUCGGUAACUAGAUGAUACUAUCAUGGGACUAUAGUGUUCCCGGUAACUAGAUGAUACUAUCAUGGGACUAUAGUGUUCCUGGUAACCAGAUGAUGCCAGCAUGAGACUAUAGUGUUCAUGGUAACUAGAAGAUACUAUCAUGGGACUAGUGUUCCUGGUAACUAGAUGAUACUAUCAUGGGACUAUAGUGUUCAUGGUAACUAGAUGAUACUAUCAUGGGACUAUAGUGUUCCUGGUAACCAGAUGAUACCAGCAUGGGACUAUAGUGUUCAUAUAACUAGAUGAUGCCAUAAUAGAGUCACAUACCCCUCUGUCACUUUUCACAACAUAUAAAACAUAAUAAAUAUCUCAACUCAAAACUGUACAACACUGGUAUUCACUUGGGUGGUGGGGUGGUGGAGUGGUGGGACGCUGCACCCUCCCCCCCCCCCCUACAUACAGUGACCAUUGCCCCAUCUCAGAAAAAGUUUGUUUUUUUCCCUCUAGUAAAAAUGUGAAAACUCUUUGUUUCCCUGUUCCUACUUUUUUGUUAUCGAGUAAACAUAAUAAAUAUCUCAACUCAAAACUGUACAACACUGGUAUUCACUUGGGUGGUGGGGUGGUGGAGUGGUGGGACGCUGCACCCUCCCCCCCCCCCUACAUACAGUGACCAUUGCCCCAUCUCAGAAAAAGUUUGUUUUUUUCCCUCUAGUAAAAAUGUGAAAACUCUUUGUUUCCCUGUUCCUACUUUUUUGUUAUCGAGACGAUUGAUCAUGAGUUCGUAGAUGGGUAAAACACAAUGUGGUGCACAUAUCCAAUUUUCCUCGACACUCAAUUAGCAUGCUGCUAUUUUACAAGAAUGCUCACAAAUCUACUUGUCAUAUCUCAAACCUCUCUAAAGUAAUCCAUCUAUAUUUCUCUAACAGUAGAAGCUGAGGCCUUUACAAAGUAAACAAGCUUGUAAAGUCGCAUGGACUCUGUCAUCUACUGCUGGACAAGUUACAUUGACAGCAAUCAUGCUGGUCAAGUUACAUUGACAGCACUCAUGCUGGUCAAGUUCUCGGCAUCCUUCCGUCUCGUGAGACGAUGGUGCAUCACCGUUGGGUUGGGUUGCAUUUUCUCGAGUGGCUGUGCAGUCCUAUCCUUGAGUGACAGUCUUUACCACAGUUUUUACACACGAGUUCCAUGCUUCUAAAUGUUUUGGCCUUUCUCCUAGCUCUUCUGUCUGCAGCCUCUUCCAUUCUUCGCUCCUCGUCUACCAUGACGCCCUCUUUGACAACUGUGCACCACGUAGAUCGGUCUUCUGCCUUACACUCCCAGUCACUUGUAUUUAUUUUGGCUGCUUUAAUGUCCCUUUGACAGACAUCUUUAAAUCGUAGACGUGGGCGACCUGUUUUCCUCUUUCCCGAAGCAAGUUCACCAUGUAGGAGGUCUUUCGGAAUGCGGCCGGGACUCAUUCUUUGAACAUGACCUAGCCAUCUCAGGCGUCUUUCACUAAGGAUUGUGAACAUGCUUUGGGUAUUCGCACGCAUUAGGACCUCACUAUUAGUCACUUUUUCUUGCCAUUUGAUACCAAGGAUGCGACACAGGCAUCUCAUAUGGAAGCUAUUAAGCUUGCGCUCUUGGGAUGUAUAGGUGGUCCAUGUCUCGCUCCCGUAUAGUAGUGUACUGAUGACACAAGCUCGAUAGACGCACAGUUUGGUUUUCUCCGUUAGCUUGGUGUUUUGCCAGACCCGUUUAUUUAGUUUAGCCAUUGUGGCAGCUGCCUUGCCGAUUCUGCUGUUAAUUUCUUCUUCAAUGGUCAAGUUACAUUGACAACAAUCAUGCUGGUCAAGUUACAUUGACACCAAUCAUGCUGGUCAAGUUACAUUGACACCAAUCAUGCUGGUCAAGUUACAUUGCCACCGAUCAUGCUGGUCAAGUUAUAUUGACAACAAUCAUGCUGGUUAAGUUACAUGGACACCAAUCAUGCUGGUCAAGUUACAUGGACACCAAUCAUGCUGGUCAAUCUUAUUUUCCCAGAAAUUUUUACAAAAUGGAUGGAGACAAAUUUUGUAUCUUUUUCAGAACCCCAGCCAAAAUUUAUUUUGACGUCAACAAAUACAAAACUAAUUAUCACUAUUUUUUUUCUAUUGACCAGCAACUGACCACCGAUAUCCUGAUCAAUGAUGCUAAUGGUAAAUCCCAGCCAGCUGUAGAUGUAUUUGCACACUCCCUGACCUUCAUGAAAAAGCACCUACUGCGUGCCAUUGGAACCCACCUUGGCUAUGAUCCCCACCCUGACACCGUGAGGUGGGUCCUGACAGUCCCAGCCAUAUGGGAUGAGAACGCCAAGCAGUUUAUGAGGGAGGCGGCUCACAAAGUGAGUACUGGUAUUGGUAACUUAUGUAAGGGCGGUGGAGGUAAAUGUCCGCCCCCCCCCCCUCCACUCUUGUUAAAUCACAGAUGGGUCACUGAACAUCCACAUGUUUCCUGUCAUAUAAGUAACAUAUGUGAUUAAUGUGAAAUUUCUAUGUAACCCAUCUUAUAUUGAUUGACAGAAACAACAAAGAUAUUUAUUCAGUGAAUAUAAAAAGUAAUUUUUAAGUAUGCCUAUAAAUCUGGAACCCUGCCAAGGUCUCAUUACAUUCUGGGUUCACGUUAAAGGCCUUAUUGGGGUCAACUUUAAACAUAUUAAUUGAACAUGUUGAUACUGUGACAAGUAAGACAAUGUGCAGGCCGAAAUCUUAGAAUCAUAUCAAAAUGUCUGCCAUAUCAUCCUACAGGGAGGUCUCAUUGACAAACCAAACAGUGAGCAGCUAGUGAUAGCCUUGGAGCCUGAGGCAGCCUCCUUGCAUUGCCGCAAUCUGCCAGCCACAGAUUUCAUUGGAUAUAAGGACAGUGCCUUGUCUAAGCCAAGCUUUGAGCCAGGGACAAAAUAUUUAGUGGUUGAUGCUGGAGGUAUUUUAUCAAAUAAAAAUUAUGUAACUAUUUUUAAAGCUAUUUCUAGAGGAAAGCGUUAGAUGUUUAUCUACCACAAAAAUGCCUCCCUCAUUAAGAUUUGAUUGAAUUUUGAAGAAUUUUAACACAAUCAAUGGUAGACAGGAAUUAAUAGAAUUUAAAAGCCCUAUUUAAAAUUUACAGCAUCAUAUCAAAAAUAUAAAUUUUACUCAACAAGACAAAAACAAUGCCAUACUAUGCAAAUUAAAUAGUUUUUUUUUUAACUGUAUGAUAAUGAACCAUGUUAUAUUUGUAUUGCUCAAUAUAAAAUACAUUUUAUUUUAAUUACUACCACUUCUGUAUUAUAAAUAAAUCUGCAGAUCUGAAGUAUUUAGAGAUCUGUUUAAAGCGGGGUUGGUCAAACUGCAGUUCCUAAGCUGCACUUUACACAAGCUUUUAAGACAUGUCGUACUAAACAGUGUUAAAUGAUGAUAUUUAUGGCUACUAAAAUAUGUGCAGUUAUAUAGGACAUUUUUUUAAAGUGCUAAAAUAAGCUACCAGGCCACCAUGAAAGUAAAUCAUUAAAAUAUUAUGUCUCUUUUCAUAUAAAUGAAAAGCUGUAAUAUUCCACACAUUCAUCCAUUUCUGACUUACCAUGAAUAUUUUCUUCACGUUAUCUUUAACAGGUGGCACUAUUGAUUGCGUUGCACACAAAAUCCGCAAAGAUAAAAGAAUUCGGGAGUUGUUCCGUGCCACUGGUGGAGCUUGGGGCGGUACGAUCAUCGAUCGUCAAUUUCAGAACCUUCUGGAGAGCAUUUUUGGGGCAGAGUUCAUUGCAGCCUUCCAGAGGGAAUACCCUAAAGACUUUGUGGAACUGCUGCAGGACUUUGAGAUAAAGAAACGAGGCGAGUGUGAAAGCAUUCGCGUGUCCCUUCCCUAUAACUUCUGCAACUAUAAGCAUGAUGGGGUGUCAGUCCAACAGGCUAUCAAAAAUUUUUCAGCAGAGAAAGAAAGCAGUGACAUAAAAUUUUCUUCAGGAAAGCUGGUGCUGUCCUCAACACAAGUGAACGUAUUGUUCAAAGACGCCUUGGACCAAAUAAAUGAUCACGUGCAGGCUCUUUUACACAAGCCCAAGUGUAAAGAUCUACAGAACAUUUUCUUGGUUGGAGGGUUUGCAGAAUCGACACGUCUGCAGUCAUCCCUGAGAGAACGGUUCGGAGAACGUGUAACCAUACUUGUGCCCGAAGAAGCUAGUUUAUCUGUUGUGAAGGGCGCGGUGGCAUUUGGACACGAUCCCAGCGCCAUCUGUCAGAGAAUCUGCAGGUUUACCUACGGCGUUGGCAGUUACCUCCCAUUUGAGGAAGGUGUCCAUCGAGAUGACCUUCGCGUCAACUCUGACGGCAUGGAUCUGUGCAAACAUAUAUUUCAGACGUGGGCAGAGGCAGGGGAGGUAAUUGGCCACAAUGAGAUUUGGCGGGAGACAUACACCCCCAUCAUUAACAAUCAGAGAGGCAUAAUCUUUGAAUUUUUCCGUUCGUCUAGCAAGAAGGUGCAAUACACGGAUGAGCCUGGUGUGGAGAAAUGUGGUUUUCUUGUGGUUGAGAUGCCUGACCCAACUGGUGGACGUGACCGGGCAGUUGACCUCGAGGUCAUCUUUGGUGGUACAGAGAUAAAGGUUGUGGGCUAUGACCACACCAGUACAACAAGACAUGAAACCUACAUUGACUUUUUGUCAACUUAAUAUUGUAUUUUGACUUAUUACAUUUUUCACUGCAAACUUUUGAAGCCUUUUAAAUACUUACUGAAGCCAAGGUCAAGUAGCACCAAUUUAUUUUAGCUAUUGAAUGGUUGUGAAAACUUUGUGCCCAAGAGAUUUCACUUGUUUAUUUUUGAAAUUGUUUUAUAUUGAGGAGUGAUGUCCCUUACAAAUGAAAAAAAAGGUGUCAUCUGAUAUUUAGGAGUGACUUCCCCUUAUCUAGUUAUCUCACGCUAACUCACCCACAAAGCUCUAGCAGUGAAACUGUCCAAUCCAUCUGUGACCACAGGUCGUUAGGACAAUAGCGUCUUAUAAUUUUUGUAUUUGUGGUGGGGGAAAUCCGAUUCUGCAAAAUAAAAGUUGAGUUGAAAACAUCUUUAAGAGCUGGUAGGAAAUAGGGGGUGGAGAUUGCAUAAAUGAUUUUAGAUUGCUGCAACAUCUCAAUCUCAAUAACAGCUGCAAAAUCUCAAUAACAGCUGCAAAAUCUCAAUAACGACUACAAAAUCUCAAUAACGGAGGCACCUUUUUUUUUACCAUAUGCCAUAGAACAUAGCACAGUUGGUAAAGAAGCACACUUUAUAGUCUUAGGAAGCCAAAAUACCCACUUACAUAUUAAAUGUUAUUUUGAGAAUAGCAUGGAAUAGUAAAUUUGCCCCAACUUCUUGGACUGAUGACUAUAAAUGGAAUGAUCAUGUGCAACCAAGAUAAAUAAACAAUGCUCUACAGUGCUGAAAAGCACUGUUCAAAACUGCCUUCAAACUUUAUAUUGUAAGAUCUUUCCAUGUUUUCUCUUAUGAACUUUUUUUGCUGGUUUAGAGGUGUAUAUUUAGUUUGUGUUCGUCAUGGUGCUUUGUUUGCUAAAGAUUGAAUGUAGAAUACUCAAUGUUUCACCUGGUCCUAGGUUAGACUAACAGCACAGCAGUUAUUUUUUUUACAAGCCAUGUAGAAAGUACAAGGUUUUGGUUGAGGUCUCAGGCCUCAGGAUAAGUUAUUUAACAUGGACAAAUCACAUGAAGUACACGUGUCAAGCUACAAUUUGGGCCCUAGCUUAGACAACAUUUUGGCACCCUUAAGGAAAAUUGUGAAUAUUAAUAGUUGGAGAGGCGCACUUACUUAAUUGGAAUCAAAGGUUUAAUUUUUAAAACCUAAGGAAAAUCUCAUCGAAAGUGAAAUAAAUGAA